AUGAGUACGUUAAGCUGGAACUGUUGUGGCUUGGGCAAUCCACAAACAGUUCGACAUAUUGUGGACCUGGGGUCCCGUAAGAAGCCAGAUUUUGUGUUCUUAAUGGAAACCAAGGUGGCACGGAUACAUGCAGAGCGGAUUCGUGUUAGUCUUGGAUAUGAGUGGUUAUUUUAUGUUGAUAAUGAUAGAAUGAGUGGUGGUAUGGCUCUUUUGUGGAAAAAGAAUAAUACGGUACAGUUAUUGAGUUAUUCUAAGAACCAUGUGGAUGUGGGGGUACAGAUAGACGGGAAGCGGUGGCGGAUGACAUGUUUUUAUGGUUUUCCAAAGUGGAACGAGAAGAGGGAUUCAUGGAAUUUGUUGCACACGUUAAAGGGUAGGUCCACAUUGCCGUGGGUGGUGGCGGGGGAUUUUAAUAAUCUCUUGUUCCAGCACGAGAAGAGAGGUGGUAACCUGUAUCCUGAUAGUCUCCUACGCGGUUUUUGGGAGGCAAUUGAUGAAUGUGGGUUGGCCCAAAUGCCUAUGAGGGGGCAUCAAUUCACAUGGGAGAAAGGCAAAGGCACGCAGAAUUGGAUUGAGGAAAGACUUGACAAAGUGUUGACCACAACGAGUUGGAAUGAUAUUAAUCGUAAUGCAUGGCUGGAGAAUAUUCGUACUAGAACAUCGGAUCACUCGAUUCUUUUCCUCAACAUUAAUGCACCAUGCAUACCGAGGAGAGGAAACCCGAGGGGUUUUCGGUUCGAGAUGGCCUGGCUAUUAGAUGGAGGAUGUAAAGAGGUUAUGGAGACUGCCUGGCAGGAUGGGAAAACUGAAGGACUGCUUGGGUGCCAACGAUAUUGUGGAGAGAGACUCAUGCGAUGGGGUGGUGAACGUUUUCAUAAGUUUGGAAAACGUAUUGACCAGCUGCGACGACGACAGGAAUCUAUCCGCAAUCGAAGGGACCACGCGGCAUUAGCCGAAUUCCGGCAGAUUGAUGAUCAGCUGAAUCUGCUGGAGGCCCAGGAGGAUGUAUUUUGGAGACAACGGGCAAAACAACACUGGCUACGGGGAGCAGAUGCCAACACAAAAUUUUACCACAGGUAUGCUUCUGCCCGUAGGAAAAAGAAUUUGAUUGUACGUAUUAAAGAUAAUGAUGAUUUGUGGGUUGAGGGGGAUAAGAUGAAAGCAGUAAUAGUGGAUUACUAUACAAAUAUUUUUACCUCGAAUAAUUCUAGUUGCUCAUAUCCGUUGUUUGAGGAUUUUAGUCCCCGAGUUACUCAAGAACAUAAUGCAUUGUUGGUACGGCCCUAUGAGGCGGAUGAAGUUAAGGAGGCAGUUUAUUCCAUGUUCCCGGAUAAGGCACUGGGACCGGAUGGAAUGAAUCCGGGAUUUUACCAGCACUUUUGGAGUGUAGUGGGGGAUGAUGUUACUCAUUUUAUAAUAGAUGCUUUGAAUUCAGGUGCCCUCCCGGAGGGGUUGAAUGAUACGAAUAUAGUGCUAAUCCCUAAGAAAACACUACCUGAGACAGUUGCAGAUAUGAGGCCAAUUGCGUUAAGCAAUGUUGUUUACAAGAUAAUGGCGAAGAUGAUUGCGAAUAGAAUGAAGCCACUGAUGGGAGGAAUAAUCUCAAAGUCCCAGAGUCCUUUCAUUCCGGGACGUUUGAUUACAGAUAAUAUAUUGGUAGCAGCGGAAGUGGGGCACUAUUUGCAUAGGAAACAGUGUGGCCGUGCGGGGUGGAGUGCGCUAAAACUGGAUAUGUCAAAAGCUUAUGACAGGAUGGAAUGGCCUUUCUUGAAGAAGAUGAUGACUGUUAUCGGUUUUGAUGAGCACUGGAUCCGCCUUAUUAUGUUGUGUGUUACCACAGUGAGGUAUUCAAUUAUGAUAAAUGGGGAGGUGGGUGGAUGUGUGACCCCAACUCGUGGACUGAGACAGGGAGAUCCUCUUUCUCCUUAUUUAUUUAUUAUUUGUGCGGAGGUACUUUCAAUGCUAUUACAGAGAGCACAGAUGGAUGGGGCUAUACAUGGAUGUAGGGUAGCUAGAGGGGCACCACCGGUCUCACACUUGUUUUUUGCAGAUGACAGUCUGUUGUUUUUCAAAGCUAAUAUUCAGGAAGCAGCUGUUGUUAAGCAAUGUCUGAUUAGAUAUGAGAAAUUGUCUGGCCAAAUGGUGAGCUAUAAUAAAUCAAGUAUUUGUUUUAGUAGAAAUACCCAGAUGGCGCAGAGACAGCAGGUGGCGUGGUGUUUGGGAGUGGAACUGGCAUCCAAUUUUGGGAAAUAUUUGGGGCUUCCUUCCUUUAUAGGAAGAAAUAAAAAGGCUGUAUUUGCAUAUAUUGAGGAUAAAAUCAGGCAGCGAAUUGGAUCAUGGAACAAAAAGUUACUCUCACAGGCUGGAAAGGAGUGUUUGUCUAUACAACGUACUAUGAACAAAUAUUGGUGGGGGACAGGUGCAGAUCGUGGAAUACAUUGGAAAGGUUGGGAUAAAUUAUGCAUCCCUAAGAAAUAUGGAAGAUUAGGUUUUAAAGACCUUCGUGCAUUUAAUCUGGCCAUGCUAGGGAAACAGGCAUGGAGAUUUCUUACAGAACCUACCACUUUGGUAGCAAGGAUCUAUAAGGCUCGAUACUAUCCUACGACCACUUCUAUUGAUGCUACCAUAGGGAAUAGUCCAAGUCACUGCUGGCGAAGUAUUAUGGCCACCCAUGAUCUAGUCUGUGCCGGGGUGCGCAGAAGGAUUGGAAACGGUAGGGAUACAUUGAUAUGGGGACAUCCUUGGUUGUCUGAUGAUCCUAGUCCUUUGGUUCAAACACACAUGCCUGAAGAAUUAAGACAAGCAGUAGUGAGUGGCCUCAUAGAUCAAGAUACAGGUACCUGGGAUCCACAUAUUCUCAAUGAUUUAUUUAUUCCUGAAGAUGUGAACCGAAUCUCAAUAAUACCAAUUAGCCCAGAUUAUGAUGACACAUGGUAUUGGAAGGGGGACACACAAGGAAUAUACACGGUUAAGAAUGCCUAUAGGCGUAUUAUGGGGGACUAUUCUGAUGACCCAGGAGCUUUUGAUAAAUGGGUUACAUUGUGGAAAUUAAGAGUGACACCCAAGUGGAAAAUCUUUUUGUGGAGGGCUAUGUCUGGCAUACUACCCACCACUGAUAAUUUAAUUGUUAAACGAGUGGAGGUGGAUCCUAUAUGUCCUAUGUGUGGCAAUACACAGGAGAAUAUUAUGCAUGCACUGAUUUUAUGUGAUUACUCUAAAAUGGUUUGGAAUAUUUCGGGAUUACCUGUCACGAAUAUUCUAACUAAUAUUUUCCAAUCAUGGUUCAUAGGCGUGAUGGACUCGUUGACGGAGGGGCAGGUACGGCUGGCCGUCGGGAUUCUGUAUUACUUGUGGCUAGCAAGAAAUUCGGCGCUAUGGGAAAGAAGUUUGCCACGGCCUGCAGCUACAGUGAAGAGGGCGGUGCUGAUCGAGGAAGCCUUCACCAGGCUGAGACGAGUGACAGACUAG